ACCGUGAAGCGCAAACGUGGGCUUUCUGUGUUGCGACGAAAGAGUUAAAGUCCAAAAUCCUAUUAGGGCCAAUGAGCGGUUACAUUUUAAUUGAUUUAGACGUGUCACGUGGUCGGAAAUCAGUGCCUGCAGACUGGAGUUUAACCGGAUGAGACGCGUUACGCGCAGAGUGUCUGUCCCGCGAGCUGCGCCUCUCCGAGCUGAGCACCAUGGACUUCAUGACAGAUCGUGAUGUGCAGAAGUACAUGGAGGAUGGGUACGUGGUUCUGGACGGGCUGCUGACCUCUCAGGAGUGUGACGAACUGCGGCAGAGGAUGGCAGAGAUCGUGGACCGGAUGGACGUCCCCGAGCACUGCCGCACCACCUUCUCCACCUAUCAUGAUGAGCAGCUUAAAACACAGGGAAAUGCUGACUAUUUCAUCACCAGCGGCGAUAAGAUCCGCUUUUUCUUUGAGAAAGGAGUUUUUGACGACAAAGGGGAAUUCAUUGUACCAAAACAGCGGUCGCUGAAUAAAGUUGGCCAUGCACUACAUGCCUUUGAGCCAUUAUACAAAAAGGUUACACAUUCACCCAAAGUUCAGGGCAUAGCUAAAAAGCUGGGUCUUGUAAAUCCAGUGAUACUGCAAAGCAUGUACAUUUUUAAGCAACCAGGAAUUGGUGGGGAAGUGACACCUCAUCAAGACGCCACGUUUCUGUACACGGAGCCCCUGGGCAGAGUUAUGGGUCUGUGGGUCGCCCUGGAGGACGCCACUGUCAACAAUGGCUGCCUGUGGUUUAUCCCGGGGUCGCACAGUAACAGUGGUAUUUCUCGCCGUAUGGUGCGUACCCCAAAGGGCACCUUUCCCCUGACGGACUUCAUCGGAAGAGAACAGGACUAUGAUGAAGGGAAGUUUAUCCCCGCACCAGUUAAAAAAGGUGGUGUGGUCCUGAUCCACGGGGAGGUGGUGCAUCGUAGUGCUGAAAACACCUCAGAAGACUCUCGCCAUGUCUACACCUUCCACGUGAUGGAGUCCCAGGACACUCGGUGGAGCCCUGACAACUGGUUGCAGCCCACUGAAGAGCUCCCUUUCCCAGCUCUCUACACUAAAUGAAGAGUAUCUUUGGUGCUUGGCUGCACAGAAAGACACAAGGCCCUGUCUUUCCUGAAGAAGGACCAACACGUAUGACCUGUUUUAACCAUAACAAAUGUGCUGUAAUUUCUCACAGCUUGUUUUUUUUUAUCUUAUAUGACACCAUCUGUUUCUCUGAGCCAUAUGUAGACUAGGAUGUUUUACUCGAUCCAGAAUUACUUCAACAGAAAAGUCCAAAGUGGAUUAAUGGUGACUAACUCGUUUUUAAAGAAUGUAUCAAUGUUUUAAAUGACAAUUUUUUAAUAGAUGGCGAAACUGAUUUGUAAAUAUUUUUAACCUUUUAAAUCAACUUUGCAUGGACACUUAACAAUACAAGUGAUAUUUAGAUUUACCUUUAUUCAGUCUCCUCAUCAGCAUUGUCACCAACCAGCAUUUUUCUUGUUGAAGGUCUUUUUUUUUUUUUCAAAUUUAUGUCAAAACAAGAUGGCAGAUUUUUACAGACAAACAGCAAGCCUUUCCAUUUUCAAGUAUGUUGAUUUUAAGACGCAACUUAAAUGAAAAACUGCUUGUGUUAAUUUUCAAAUCAAACUGAGAAAGAGAAGGCUUAAUGUUGAUGUUGUCAAAGUGCAAUCAGUCAGUCAGCCACACAGCUUCCUCUUCUCAAUCCUCAAACGAGUAUUAAACAAAUGGACUAAAAA